CUUCGGGAUAUCUGGGGCUGCCCAGGAGCCUGAAUGCUGCCUGCGUACCCCCUGGCUCAUCUGAUGAUUUUGAGACUGUGUCCUUGCACGCCACUUCCCCAAGGGCCCGGUGCAAGGAGCCUUUGGCUGGCAUCCAGAAGGAUGAGCAGAUGGUGAAGCCUUCUGAACACCUGACAGAGCCCAAGGGUGGGAACAAGGCCCCUCCCAGGGCAGCUGCUGCUGCCUUUGACAAGCCCAACACUGUCAGCUAUAGCCAGUCCAGCUUGAUCCACCUGGUGGGGCCUUCGGACUGCACCCUGCAUGGCUUUGUGCACGGAGGUGUCACCAUGAAGCUCAUGGACGAGGUGGCCGGGAUCGUGGCUGCCCGCCACUGCAAGACCAACAUCGUCACAGCCUCAGUGGAUGCCAUUAAUUUCCACGACAAGAUCAGAAAAGGGUGUGUCAUCACCAUUUCUGGGCGCAUGACCUUCACGAGCAACAAGUCCAUGGAGAUCGAGGUCCUAGUGGACGCUGACCCCGUGGUGGACAACUCACAGCAGCGGUACCGGGCUGCCAGUGCCUUCUUCACCUACGUGUCCCUAAGCCAGGAGGGCAGGUCACUGCCUGUGCCCCAGCUGUUGCCUGAGACAGAGGAUGAGAAGAAGCGCUUUGAGGAAGGCAAAGGGCGUUACCUGCAGAUGAAGGCCAAGCGGCAAGGCCAGGCGGAGCCCCAGUCCUAGAUGGCUGCUGGUAGAGACUCAAGCAGUCAGUAAAGGGACCCGGAGCAUGGAAUCCCUUAAGAGUUGCCCCCUUGGCCAGAAACCCAAUUUACGUUGAGAGCUGGUGUUGUGUGAAGUAUUUGUAACGCAGUGUUAACCUCUACUCUGUCCUAAAAACCUAUACACCAAAGCUUAUUUCUGUCAUUCUAGUGUAAAUGCUACACAGUGUUGUCCCCA